AUGACGGAUGACAUGCUGGCAGCGUACGAGGAGACUCUUGCUGCAAUUGCUCAUCAUGCAAUGCUGGGAGCAAACAGGAUAGCCUCUGCGUCAAAGGCCUUUUUUGCAUCGUGUUUUGCUUCUUUUUUUGAGAAGAACACUGAUGGAUCGAAUCGUUCAGUGAUGUCCGAUUGGAAUCUAACUUACGGUAAAGAAGUAAGACUGGAUGCAGUUUCGAAGUGUAUUGAUGGUGAAGGAAGGUCUUUCGUUGAAGACUUUGAAUCUAUCUGCAGUAGACACUCUCUGUCUCAGCUGCAGAUAUUGGAUUUGCUUGGAACUACCAGCAUAAUACCAGCUCAACCUACCUCAGUUGCUUCGCUUAUGGAGAGAGCCGAGAAGAUGCACGAGAAGGUUACAACACCAGAUGAAGACACCUACGACGAGUUCAUUACAUAUGCUGGAAGGGUGGAUCUAUUCUGGUACCUGAGGAAACAUGAUUCAAUUUCCUAUGACCAACUGGUGGGACCAGAAGAAGAAAAAAUGGCUCUUCUGUCACUCAUAGAUGAAAGUGAAGCCAAUCACAAAAGACGAUCUUGGAACCUAUCGGACAUUCCUGAUAAUUUGUCCAUGAGAGACGUAUUCAGAUUCUUUAAUUAUGGAGCAUUUUGGUACUUGUUCGCGAAAGAUUCUACUGAUUUGACCCCUUCAUCGAACGCAGUCAUUUCGAAUGAAAUCAAGGCCGCCCUGAUCAACGGGGAAGAGAUAUUUGAUGGACGUUCUUUUGACGACUGGAUAUCAGAUUCAGAUUUGUGGACUGCAGUAUUGUACACAGCUGGGAAAGCUGAAGCUGCCAAAGCCAACCCAAAACAUCGAAUGACUGCUUCAGCUGACAGGCUCACAAGAUGGUUAUUGUCUACCAUAGACCGCAACCGCAAGGACUACGUUAAUAUGAACCCAGCUGUCAUGCAAGGCAGGAGUCCAUUUGCCAUUGCGGUUUGGUUCGAGAACUUGUCCAAAUGGGUCAUUGAUUCUUCCAAAGAUGACAGGGGAACUUUGAUGUUCUCACAUGACUUGGCAGCUUGGUCUGAGGGGCAGUCUAGAAAGCAUGUCAUGAGACACAACGCUCUUGUCUCAGCCUAUUACAAAGGUUUUGAGAAGAUAACUGACAAGAUGAGACAAGUCUAUGACUCACUUCACCUCUUGACUGACAGACUUGGCGCUCGACAUUACACAAGCUGGAAGGAUUCUCUGAUGCAGGGAAUGCAAGGCUUCGCUGACUCAUGGUUGCAUAGUCGCAUUGUCAAAUUUUUGACUGCAAAAUUCUCAGAUGUUCAGGGAAUGCCUGCAAUCCUAUCUUCACAAGGCGCCACGAACAUCGAUGACGUUCUUUUGAUAUUGAAAACUGCCAAAAAAGCCGGCUUCCGGGGACUCUACCGUGGCAUCGGUGCCGCCUUGAUAAAGGAGUCGAUCCACUCCCUGAACUACUGGAUUUUCCAUGGCAGCCUCUUCCGACUCUUCACCGAGUUUGAGGACACGUCCGCCACCUCUCCGAUGCGACGGCUCGUGCUGAAUCUGGUAUCGAAGCAGAUGAACUGGCUGUGCACAGUGCCCUUCGAGGUCAUCUCGAGCGUGAACCAAAUGUCCGAAAAGGCUCCCGGCUUUGCCGCGACAGCCGCCGCAUUGUACCAGGAGGGGGGCUUGGGAGCGUUCUACCGUGGGCUCACUGUCUCGCUCAUUCUGGCGAUCAACCCAGCCAUCAUGAACACGCUCAUAACCUCCAUGCUGCGGGUCAGGGCGAUGUUUCUGCAGUCCUGUGGCGUUGAACACUCAGAGGCACGUGAUCAUAGUGCCGCCGCACUGGGUGCUGUGACAGCGUUGUCAAAGAUAGUGGCGACCGUCUUGACUUACCCGUUGAUUCGGGCCAAGGUCCUGCAGCAGACGGCGGCCUCGGUCUACUCGGGGCAGGCCUUCCCUUCCGUCAUGAGGCAAGUAUUGCUCCUUGAAGGUGUUGGCGGCCUGUAUCGGGGAAUGAUUGCGAUGAGUUACAAGACAGUGCUCUGGAAUUCCAUCAUGAUGGCCUUCAAGCACCUCUUGGGUCCAAAACGGGCGAUGACGCCUCCCGAGUCCCCAAAGCUCAUGCACAUGCCCCACGUUGCCCGCGAGCCCUUCCCGGCCGAGUACACGCAGGAGAAGCUGGAUGAGAUCCUGGAGUAUCUCCGGCGCGUCGGCAGCAGUCGCAAGAAGGUGGAGGCGCUAGAGCAGCGGAUGGACGAAGUCAUCGUGGAGCUUCGGGAGGUCCGCACGCUGCUGCUGGAUCUGGUGUCCCGACCGAGCGCAGAAGCUGGUCAGAGCCAGGCACUGCGCCUCGCGCAGGGACCCGAUGUGCGCUGCAACGGCGAGGCCACAGGCUCUGAUGGCUCGCAGUUCAUCUGA